AUGGCAGAUAAUACCCCCUCACGUCGUUCGAAGACUCCAAUCCCGGCCGCUAACGACGUUCCUCCAACUCCAAGUCGCAUUCCGGUUCCUACACAAUCAUCGGCGCGUUAUCCAUCAUUUGCCUCUCCAACGAAAGCCAGUCUGUCGCGCCAUAAUCCACAAUUACUCGCGAGAGCUACUUCGACAGGACCUGAAGUUGGCAGGUCUCCGAGUAGAGGGAGAGUACAAGAUGUUUUUGAUAGGGCUUUAGGGAAUACACCGCAAGGAGAAAGGGGGCGGAGUGUCACCAGUGGUGCAAAACGGCCAAUCUUGGGAUCGACAACAGAGGGAAGAGAUGAUGCAAUCACACGCACACCCACAAGAGCGCGGUCGGUGGGAGGUGGAAUGGCAUCGAAACCGAGGAGAUUAUCAAGAUCUCCAACCAAACGACCGCCAAUCGCAUCGGAAACCCCAAGAAGCAAUUUCAAGCCCGCGGCCGAAUUCGAGAAUAUCCAGGGCAUUGCCAAUCCCUUUAAAAAGACGGGAUUGAGACGGUCGCCCAUACCAGGACAAAGCAGCCAGCCUAUGGCAGCCUCGCAAGAAGAACAAUCGCACGAUGACAUCAAUCCUUUCAAGAAGACUGGGCUGAGAAGAUCACCGUCUGCUGCAGUACCAGCUCCAGAAAUUGUUGUGCCGCAAAUAUCGUUAGAGAUGGAUGAGCCUGUUUCUACUACGCCAAAAGAUCCAGUACCUUUACGUGCAUCUACUACACCAAAUGAUCCGAUCCCUGUGUAUCCUUCAACAACACCAAAUGAUCCGACGCCUGUAUAUGCUUCAACAACACCAAAGGAUCCAGUACCUGUUCAAGCUCUAGAGCCGUAUCUCAGGGCAUCAGAAGAGGUUGCUAUCAGAAGCAGAAGUUCAAGCCGGCUUCGUUCUUCUCAAGGGUUUGGGUCUAUUGAUGUUCCAGGUCCACAAGUCGCAGAACCUGUCAUGCCUGCGAGUCCUGUCGUCCCCCCUCAAGUUUCAGAGGAAGAGGAAAAUAUUGAUCUUGACUUGCAACCAGCAGAUGAAGUUAUCUCCACGACGCCAAGCGAUCCUAUACUACCUCAAACACGUACAUUGCAAGCAAAUGGCCCCUUUGUAAUCAAUGUACCUCAGCAACAAGAGUUAGAGGAUAGACCUCAGAUUCCUGAGCUUCAACAGUUCGAUGACAUGAAUCCUUUGAUGAGUGAUGACUCUCCUACUCGACGUAAAGCGCGGCAAUUAUCCUUGUCCAAACCAGCACAACGACCAUUGUUCCCACAAUCUGAAAAGUCAUUUUUAUCUCCAUCUAAAAGGCCCCAGCAAGCCACAGCACCAGAAGAACUAGAACUGCCGCCGACACCUAUACAACGAGGAUUUGCAGAUCCAGUCGUUACAACACCCCCAGCUGGGAUUCACAACAGCCCAAGCAAGACUGCCAGGAGGAAUAAGGCACUCGGCGCAAGGAUGAGGUCAUCUCCAUUAAAGCCACGUGCAGAACUUUUUCCAGAAGUAAAAGCACUCUCGAAACCACCCGCUAAGAGACGAAAGUCGGCUAGGUUUUCUGUCCCGCAUGAUCCACAUGCAGCAAAGAAGAAAGUCCGAGAUGAUCUUCUUAAAGAAUUGCAACAAUUGCAAGCCGAUGUUAGUUUAGCAAAUAAAGAAAACGAGAGGAUACGUCUACAUCACGAGUCUAAAGGUUCAAAACCGGCAAGAGCAUCAAACCCGGAAGAGAUACUAGAUCUGCUUUUACGAUCAACUGCGCCCGAGAAACAAGAGAGAAAACCAGAGCCCAUAAGUGCAUUGAAAGCUACUAAUCUGUUUUUGCCAUUCUCUGGACGACGUAAAGCCCGACAGACAGCUGUACCACCAAUCGAUAAACCUCUUCCGUCUAACCUACCUAUAGCACUCAAUGAUCCACUUCCACACUUGCAACUUUUCAGUCAUUUGACAUACACAUCUACCAUUACUCUCCUUCCACCUAAACCCAUUUCGCCCAAUGAAUCAGCUUUGGAAAUUCCCAUCCCGACUCUUCAACACCAUCGAAUAUCCGCAUCUCAUCCUUCUGGACUUUUCAGCGCACGUCUUUCCAUGGUCGUUGAUACAUCAUCUCUGACAAUAUCGUCACUCAACGUGGACUCAUUAGAUCCUAACGCUGAACCUGAACUCGGACCAUUUGUCCGACGACGAACAAGCAACAGAGGGCCACUCGGGAAAGAUAUCGGUACAGUGUGCUGGGCAAUGGGGAGAUGGACCGAAGUCUCCGUAGCACGAGCAAAGUUUUGGUGUGAUGCCGAAAGAGAAUUUGGAACCUUGGAAACGAGGAGGAAAAGUAUGGAGAAACAUGCGAAAAAGAAAAGGAAGAGAAGGGCUGUUGAAGAUGAUGAGGGCGGCGAUGACGAGGAAGAAAGUUCCAAAAAAUGGACGCGAAAAGAUUUAUACCGUCAGAUGGGAAGGACGAGUAUGAGUAUAAAUGGAGAUGAUGUUGAGAUUCGAGUUGGGUGGAGGAUUGGCUUUGACUGGAUAGGUGAUGUGGAGAGUAGUUUGGAUGUUGAUCUAGACUUGCCGAGUAGUUGGCAUACACAAGACGAUCGCAAUAGUCUGAGUAAGAUCAAAGAUAUGUUCGCGAGAUUGAUCAAGGAAAAGGGGCCAUUAGGAGCUUUAAGGACGACUGUGGGACUUAUUAUGGCAGAGUCUUCGUGA